AUGUGCAUGACUCAAGAUGCGCAUGACUCGAGUGAGGGCAACAUGUCUUGCAGGCAGGAAGGCCCAGGUUGGAAGCUGCGCGCGGUGAAAGGAAAUCGAUCCGAACAUCCAAAGGCAGAAGAGAAGAACCAGUGCGCCAGUGCACUGCGCACCGCAUGGCAUUCAACAGCAUUUCAGCGUCCCGGAUGGCCACAGGUGAGCCUUGGUCGACUCUGUGCAACCGGAAGCAGCCGCCGGGCAUGCCGGCGGUCUCGGCGAAAGCUGCCAAGACCCGGCCCGUGUGCCACAGAUCGAAUCGCCCGCGCCGGAGGUUUGAGCGAUUUCGCUGCGGAAUUUGUGGCCACAGAGCCAGCGAUAUGGAACGGGCCUUGUGCAGCUAUUGGCCGUGGCUUCUUUACGUGCACCAUGUGCGAACAUAUAACUUAG